AUGGCAAAAUUUCGGAAUUCUUCUACAGCUGGAAACUGUACAGCUGAUUUGAAGGCUGUUGCUAGGAGUUAUCUCUCUCAGCUGCUUAAGCUCGAUAUCCUCUUUACAGCUGGCCAGUUUGAAUUAACACUCCAGCUGAACUUCUCCUUCAGCUGGAGUUUGCUACAUCCUCCUAUUUUAUUGGCUGCCUCAGCUCUUUCAAUGCAGCUGGACUCCUAUUUAACUGGCCUAUCCUUUACCAGCCGACCACUUAGGAAUUUAAAAGCUACAUGUUUAGGACUCGGUGUAAUUUGA